UUCAUUCCACAUCCUCUCAAAGAUUCAUUACCUUAUAGAAAAAUGGCAUCUACAUCUGAAACACUAGGAAACAAGAUGGCUAUGGGAAUGGGAUCAUUAACUGCAGCUUCCCUGGCAAUGUUGCUUGCUUUUGCGAAUUUGGCAACGACUAUAGCAACAGUUGACCCCAUUGCAGCCACAGGGAAAGAACAUGUUAUUGAGCUAUACAUGCAUGACAUUCUAGGGGGCAGCAACCCGACGGCUCGACCUGUAACUGGCUUGCUGGGGAGCAUAUACAGUGGUCAAGUACCCUUUGCAAUGCCAGUAGGAUUCAACACCCAAGGGACUCCCAUCCCCAAUGCCAAUGGUGCUAACCCCACCGUCAAUGGAGUUUUUGGUACCCCUUUAGGUACUGGAUUGGCUGGUACUUCAUUUGCAUCAAACUCAGGUAAUAACAAUCAAAACAAUGCCCAGCUGCAGUUAGGACCUGAUGGACUGGGACUAGGCUUUGGUACAAUCACUGUUAUUGAUGACAUAUUGACCUCUCAACCUGAGUUGGGGUCCCAAAUAGUUGGGAAGGCUCAAGGGGUGUAUGUGGCAAGUUCAGCAGAUGGGACAAGACAGAUGAUGGCAUUUACAGCCCUCUUUGAAGGAGGGGAAUAUGGUGAUAGCUUGAACUUUUAUGGCUUGUACAGGAUAGGAAGCACCAUGUCACAAAUAUCUGUGAUGGGGGGCACAGGGAAGUUCAAGAAUGCAAGGGGGUUUGCUGAACUGAGAGCUCUUAUCCCACCAGGACAGAUUGCCACUGAUGGUGCAGAGACACUGCUGAGGAUCACUAUCUAUUUGAAAUACUGAAAGUUUAGUGUGGAAAUCUAAAAGCAAUUGGGUGCUGUUUGAUUAAGGAUGAGUAUGAGAUUGGUCUUGUAUAUUGUCAGUUUGAUACUUUGUUUGCAGAAUGCAUUUGAAAUCUUAAUUGUAAUCCCAAAAAACUUUAUGGUGAUUUUUUUUCUUUCUUUUUUUCCUAAAUGAUGAAUUCUGUCACUUGGAGGUUGAA